AUGGCCGAGCGGACAAAGGGCACGGAAGGUGCAGCAGGAGGGCAACAGCCUGUGCAUGAGAAACCUGAAUCCACAGCAGCAGCAGCGCAGCCAGCAGCAGCAGCAGCAGCCUCAACAGCAACAGCAGCACCAUCACCGGCAGCAGCAUCAGGGACUGGACAAGGGCCGGAGGGUUCUGGAGGGCAACAGCCUGUGCAUGAGAAACCUGAAUCCACAGCAGCAGCAGCGCAGCCAGCAGCAGGAGCAGCAGCCUCAACAGCAACAGCAGCGCCAUCACCGGCAGCAGCAUCAGGGACUGGAAAAGGGCCGGAGGGUUCUGGUAUAGAGAGCAUUUCGAAGGAGCCCUAUGAAAAAGGGAUGGGGAAGCUGUACACCGAAGGGCAGCAUAUAGUGCAGAUGUUGCAGGAGAGUUUGCGCGCCUCUCGUGGGCUGAAAUCAGCAGAGGAUAUCUCAGCUAAACUGCGUGGAGAGAUCGUCAAGGACGUAGAAGCUUUGAGAGAUACCUUGCAUAAGGAGCAUCAGAAUCUGACGCUCCUUAGGAAAUAUGAACGGGAGCAAGACGCACUGCUGAAGGCACAGCUAGGAUAUUUGAUGCCCUCAGGAAUCGAAGAAACUGCAGAGGGAGAAGAAGAAGCAGCAGAACCAAAGGCAGAAGAAGCCCACGCAGUCACGAGUGCAUACACCUCAGAGGCCGCACAGUUGCCAGAUGUGUCCCUGCUUGUUGCUUUCUUUUCCCUUUUUCUUGUAUUAGGCCUUUAA